GUUGAUACCGGAUAUAUUUCUAGCUGAAGUGACACGUGUCAUUAACAAACAAUUAAUAAUAUUUAAAUCGUAUAUCGUCUGUUUAUCGCUUUGUUAGCAGAGAGCAACAAGUACUUUAUGUCUUGACUAAUCUUCAUCAUUUUUUUUUAAUAAAUAACGGUGUAGAGUUAAGGCAUAAUUAUGUAACUAUUAAUUUAAGCCGAGCAAUGAACCAUUAAAAUAAAUAUGAACAUAUUUUUAAGAUUUAAAGAAAGGAUGAGAAGAAGAUGUUUUAUUUUGUCACUAGGAUUAGCCCUGGUUGUACUAGUUUAUCUCAAUGUAAGGACAACUGAUGAGCUUUUUUGCAAGGAUAACUUUGGUGUCCACAGAGAAACACCGCAUAUAACAUACUCUGAUAAGAGCAUACAAUCGGGAAAUCCUAAUGAAAGGUUGUUUUCUGAGCGUAGACAAAAAAUCGAAGACAGAUGUGAUAACAUAUCUCAUAUAGGAAAGACCACAGAAUUUGCAAUUAAAAGUCAUCUUAUCAUCGACAAUAAACACAAGCUAGUUUACUGCUUCAUUGAAAAGAACGGCUGCACAUUUUGGAAGAGAGUGUUUCAAAUAUUGAAUGGCUUUAAAAAUGUUUCGGAUCCGUUUGAUACACAAGCUAUGGAUGCAUAUGGUGGUUACCAAACUGCUGAAAACAUGCCUUUUGAUACAAUUCACAAAGCUCUUACUUCUUCAACAAAGUUUAUGUUUGUCCGGGAUCCUUACGAGCGUCUUUUGUCAGGAUACGUGGACAAACUGUUUUUACCUUACGCGCCAUAUUGGUUUGACUUAGGAAGGUUCAUAGUCGACAAAUUCAGACAAAACAGCACGUCUGGAGCAUUAUCCUGUGGCGAUGACGUCACAUUUGAAGAAUUCAUCCGAUAUUAUAUAUACUCUUUGAAAACCGGCAUCAGAUCAGAUGUUCACUUUUCUUCAAAUUACGAAUUCUGUAGACCAUGUGAAAUUAAAUACGACUAUGUUGCCAGAAUGGAAAAUUUCAAAGACGAAACUUUGUUUUUAUUGGAAAAGCUGAAUCUGUCAGAAACAAUAAAAAUUAAGGAUUUUGACUCAGAAACGGAGCGUGAUUCCAUCAUAAACGCCGUCAAUUGGGGUUUUUAUGUUGAUAAGAAUGUUGAUAACUGCACAACAAAAGAUAAAGUCCUAUACAAGACAUACAAGAAGAUGCAAAUAAGGGGAAUCAUCAGCAAGGAUAUACCAUACCCGUUUUCAAAUGUAUCGACAAUUGAAAUUGAUGAGUAUACGAAAGCCUUGCUAAAAGCUAACGCCGACUCCGGACCACGAGAGAAACGCAAAUUAAAUAGAAAAGAAGCAUUUUUAGAAGCGUAUAAUUCUCUUCCACAAGAUUUAUUUCAAGAAUUACAAAACAUACUAAGUGUUGAUGCAGCAUUAUUCGGAUAUGAAUCAAAUCCUAAAAUAUUUAUCUAUAAAUCGAAACCCAUAAAUUAUCAGUAUUUUAACACAAACAGGAGACAGCUAAAUUAAAUUGAAAAAUGAAUUCUAUGUAUACAAGAAACUUAACACAAUAGGACAAUAUACAUGUACAUAAUAGUAUGGAUUUUAGAACAAACAAGUGAUGGUGAUAGUGGAAGGGGGACAAUGAAUUUGUAUACAAACUGUGAAUUUAUAUUUAAUUGCUGCUUUCUUUAUUUUCAUGCUUAAACAAAUGUGGAAUUUAGAGCUCAAUUUAAAUAAAAUUAUCUUUUAGGAACAUGAAAUAAAUUAUUUGAACACAUAUCCGUGCCGAUUUUGUGACUCCGUAAAUAUGGUAUUGCACGACCGAGCAUAUAUUUUGAAAUGUUGUCAUUUGCGUAAUACAAACAAAGUGCAAAGACGCGCUAAAUGUUAGCGUUGUCAAUGUAAAAAUGAUUCUAUAUAAAACAGUUUUUAUUUUGUGCAUGUGAUAAAUAAAAUGUUAUAUUCGGCAGGUUGAUAACUGAGUUUAUUUCUUUAGAACUCGCAUAUAAUUCUAUUCAACUUGUUCAAUACAUUCAGUAUUGAACCCACACUCAUAUAUUCAACAAAAUAAAUAGAAAUUAUAUAGAUAAAAAGAAA